CUGCUUGACGACCGCACAUGGCAACGCGGUUGAAAUUUGAUUCAAUGCUGCUUAGCCAUGGCCAUGACAAGAAACAGCAAAGGAAAUCCGGCAACGCCCGCAGAACGCGAGUUGGUUUUUCAAUUCAAACUCACAUCCCACACAACAUUCGUAAUGUUUGCCAAGACGCUUCUUCGUACUGCACGUCCUGCUCGUCUCGUCCGCGGUGGGGACAGCCAAGUGUCUGCUUGGGGUCCCUUGAACUUUGCUGGGGACAACUGGAAAGGUGACGGUGCUGUUCCCUUCACCACCCGCAGCCGGACUCGAUUUUUAGUUACCUUCUGGGUCUUGUCUAUUGUUGGCUUUGGCCUCCCCUUCGCCAACACCGAAAUGAGGGUUGGUCCCCUUCGAGAAGGCGUUAAGAAGGAAUAUGCUGAGCAGGCCGCCGGUGCUGUGGCAUAAUCGACCAACAUCCAACAAAUGUACCGAAGAGUUCACCCACGGGCUCACAAAAAUAUAAUAUAUCCUUAUAUAUUGGACUAGACGAUGGGUUGGACGACAUGUUUUGAGCUGGUGCAAUGAGCAUUUUACUACUUCUAUGCGCGUAGAGCGAUGGGUUUGCUAAGAUUGAUUAUCUUCCAUGGGAUGCCGGUAGCGGAG